UCUGUGGACGCCCGAACGAGCGCUUAGCGUCCCUUGCCCUGCGCCUGCGCGCUCGCCCUCCCCCACCUCCCAUCAUCACCGUCAAACCCCUUCCACCCCCCUCCCCCGUGUUAUAUGUCCUUCUGUUAAACAAAUAGAAGAUCCUAGACCUUGUGGAUGGGGUGGAUCAGGAUCAGAAGGAACAGAAUCAUAAUAGCUUUCUCAAGGAUUCGAGUCUGUCUCUCGCACACACGCGCGAUAUAUAUAGAUAUAUGCACCCCGAGAUCAUAAUGCAUUGGAUGGCGAUGGUGGCUCCUGGCGGCAGCUUGAGUGGAUAUUGCUACUCCUAGCUUGGACAGCGGGGCUACAGAAAGGCAGGCGAAGGAAGCCGGAGAAGAGCCGGGAGCCUGAUGACAGUUGAGGGAGGAGCCUGAUGGUGCUGGUGUCUCCGCAGAGACAAUGGAGGGGCCCUGCAUCUUUCCUCCAUGUUCCAGGGAUGACAGCAACCUUGAAUAACUUUGGACACUCUAACCUUGAGGGGUGUGAUGAGAAAUGGCUUUGGGAAGCAACAUGCAGCGAAGUUACUCCAUCAUCCCAUGCUUCAUCUUUGUCGAGCUCGUCAUUAUGGCCGGGACCGUCCUGCUUGCCUACUACUUUGAGUGCACAGACACUUUCCAGGUGCACGUCCAAGGCUUCUUUUGCCAGGAUGGAGACUUGAUGAAACCUUAUCCAGGGAUGGAGGACGAAAGCUUCAUACCCCCCCUUGUUCUCUACUGUGUACUGGCUGCGACCCCAACGGCAAUUAUUUUUAUUGGAGAGAUAUCUAUGUAUUUCAUCAAGACAACCAGAGAGAGUUUGAUUGUCGAGGAGAAAACCAUUUUGACGGGAGAAUGCUGUUACCUGAAUCCAUUACUUCGUAGAAUUAUUCGAUUUAUCGGAGUGUUUGCAUUUGGCCUUUUUGCCACUGACAUAUUUGUAAAUGCUGGCCAGGUUGUGACAGGGAACUUGGCACCCUAUUUCCUGACUGUGUGUAAACCCAACUACACUGGGAGUGACUGCCGGACUCACCACCAGUUUGUAAACAAUGGGAAUAUCUGCACUGGCGACCAAGAUGUGAUCGAGAAGGCAAGGAGAUCCUUCCCAUCCAAGCAUGCUGCUUUAAGCAUUUAUUCAGCCUUAUAUGCUACAAUGUACAUCACCAGCACAAUCAAGACGAAAAGCAGUAGGCUUGCCAAGCCAGUCUUGUGCCUGGGGACUCUUUGUGCCGCAUUUCUUACUGGGCUCAACCGAGUUUCUGAGUAUCGAAAUCACUGUUCGGAUGUUAUUGCAGGCUUCAUCUUGGGAAGUGCAGUAGCUCUUUUCCUGGGAAUAUGUGUGGUUCAUAAUUUCAAAGGAACACAUGGAGCUCCUUCUAAAUCAAAACCUGAUGAGCAACGAGGGAUGCCCCUGAUGGCGUUUCCCAGAGUGGAAAGCCCUUUGGAGACACUGAGUGCACAGAAUCAUUCUGCCUCUAUGACUGAAGUCACCUGAUCUGAAAGAUGGCAAGAGAAGCUAUUUUUUAUCACCCUCCGGUACACAAUACUCCCACGACACACAGUUAUACUAAUUGUCAAAACUGUGAUGACCAGUAUUAUGUUAUGUCUAGUUAGAAGCUAAUGUUUUGUACAUUUUUGUAUGAGGAAGUGAUGUAGCUUGCCCUGGAAUUUCACCCCCCCUUUUUUUGGUCAGCUUUAAUAUAUUUAUGCCAGAAUUUAAGAGAAAAAAGAAACAGCAAAAAAAAUUAAAAAAUGAAAGACCGUUUCUUGUUUUAAAAUGUGUUCUACGGCACUACAUCUUUGGGAAUUGUUGAUGUUUUGUGAUAUUUGUACACAGAUUUUUUUUGGUUUUGUUUUAUAUACAAUAAAUUAAAUGAGAAUUAUAAUACUAAUUCACUUUUACCUUUUUGUUACCAGGGAAAAUGCUUCCAGUAGGUGAAAGGGCCAGAUUCGGUAUUGCUGAUGCAACUCUGCAGGACUCCCUGUUCACUUUAAUAAUGUUACUAUAGAUUUGUGACAGCAUGACCAGGAUCUGGACCUUUAGGCUAUUGAUGAUAAGAAAUAUGUAUUUUUGAGUCAUGAUUCAGCUUGGUAAGAACAUGACUGAGGACUAGUCUGCUGCAAACUUCUACUCUUCCUGUACAAGCCCCAUGGAUGUGAGUGGGAGCUGGGCAUGACAACUCUGAACUGUCUUCCAGGAUUCCCAUGCAUCUCCAUGGAGCUCGCUCAGGAACUCGUCCUGGCAGAUUGUGCCUAAGUGGGCAAUCUUCAGGUUGCUUCCUCCAAGCUACUUUCACUGGGCCCGGAGUCCUCUGUAUGUGCAAUCCACACACCGCCUUGUGGCUUUUUUUCUGUAGUCUUCCCAGCAGCUGCUCCCAAUAAGGGCAUACCCACAGGAGCCCACAGGCAAGCCCCCCUUUUUUAUUCAGAGACAUCCUUUGGCACUAUUACCAUGAAAAUUCUAGAGAAAGGCUGGAUGCACAUGUGCUUGUCUUGUGCAUUGUCUUUAAGGUCACUGCCAUGGAUUGCAAGAAUAAGUGACUGCAGCUUAUGGCCCACAGUUAAUGUUAGACUUCCAGUGUUUAACCAGAAUGUUGCAGAACCAAGAGCCUAGAAAAUUGGUUUGAGAGGGCCAUCAUGCUAGUGAUAUAACUAGUGCAAUAUUGUUAGCAUUUUUAUACAGAUUUUUGUUAUAGACCAACAAACUGGAAAUUUAGACGAAUACUAAAGUAUUAUUGCAGUCGCAGGCCAAAGAACAAUGGUCUACACAAUAUGUUUAAGUCCACCUUAGAGCAUACUAUUUUAUAUAAAGAUGUGCUUCUUAAGAUCUGUCUCCUAAGAGGCAUACAACUUCAUGUAGGAAACUUCACAGACAUGUUCAUCCAACCACAGAGUUCUACCAAAUGUGCAUCUUCGCUGUGAAAUAGACAUGUGUGUAAUCCUUCCUUUGUGGCAUAUGCAUGCAUUUUAAAGAUAUGGGUAACUCUGGAAGUGGCACUGACCCUUGAACCAAAUAUAGCUGACCCUUAGGGACACGAGAAAUUCUGUCCACUGCAUUGCAAAGGGCCCCACAAAUUGGUCUCGAAGGUUUGAAGCCGUCAUUGUGGUUCCACCUAGUGUUUUGUAAUAGGAGGCGUGUAAAUGUUUCAUCAUUGCAUUACAGCAUCAUAUAACCACCUAGAAAGGAGCCUUGGGCUAAUAAAUUUGUGACUCAGUUCCACUGGUGCUAAUAUAAAGUAACGCCAAUCACGUUGACAUGAAUGGAAAAUUGGAUCCUUGCUGUGUGUUGCACUUCACUAUGUGGGAAGCAGCCUGGCUAUGCCUGUUCAGACCUCUGAAAGCUUCCUCCCUGCCAAUAAGGAAAGCUAGAGGGCUUUAAACCAUAAGGAGUAGAGUUGGAGAUCAUGCUUUUUCCUGUUGUUAUCCUCUGGUUAUCUCUUGAAGCCAAUCUUCCCUGCUCCUCCCCCUCCCAACUGUCCAGGAAUAUGUGCCGCCAGAGAGAUCAAUGGAGAUAGCAAUAGAAGGGGGAAAACGCAGCCAUUGGCUUCUCCUUUGCUGUGAGUAUGGCUACACAGGCACUGGUGCUUUCCUUCUUUGUAGGGAGGGAGCCUUCAGAAUCCUCAGGAGGCAGGACUUGGCUGCUUUUUUAUAUAAUUGUAAUAAUGUGUGGCCCAGCUCUUAAAUCCUAAUACAUUUGGGCAUGCCUUUCCCAUAGAAGUAAGUGCCUGCCUAGUCAUCAUAAGAACAGGCAACGUCUACCUUUUGUGGGUCAUGCCGUAAUGCAUUUGUCUCUAAAACUGGUUUUCACUUUGCACAGUAUUAUUGUUAACAGAUUAAAAGAAAACAAAGGGCCAGUUUGCUGGUCAGUCUUUUUUGUCCUAGGGCUUUCCUGAUGCAUCUCAUUUUUUUCUAGCAUGGUGAUAACCAAUCGCGUGUUUCCUUUCAGGAAUGGAGCCUCUCUCUGUACUUUUGCUGAAAUGUCUACCAUGUUAGUUCUUGGGUUUUUUUGUAUAAUUUCUUUUUCCAAAAGAGAUGAAAAAAAAUCUUAUCAAAAAACUGUUUGUAUUAGGGCUUUGUCAUUUGUUUGUAUUAGGGCUUUGUCA